AUGGGUGAUUUAUCUGACUUUGCAAGCCCUAAAGCAUCAGACUCUGAACUUCAAGAUUUUCUCGUGGCAGAAAAACAAAAGGCUCAAUUCCACGCCCAGAUUCAUGAAUUCAAUGACUUUUGCUGGGAUAAAUGUGUUGAUAAACCUGGUGCAAAACUAGAUUCCCGGACAGAAACCUGCAUUACUAACUGUGUAGAAAGAUUUAUAGAUGUGUCACUGCUCAUAACAAACAGAUUUGCACAGAUGCUUGAAAAAGGAGGUGGAAUGCAUUAA